CGCCUAUUUCUAGAUAAAUUCCAAAUUUUAAAUGAUUUACAAUCAUUAUUUGUAGCUAUGCAGUCAAUAAAAAGGACAUUUAGGCCUGUUACGUCACACAUUGAACCCGAGUUCUCGAAAGUAAAAUGGCGCCAAUAGGUACGCCUCAUUGAUUGAUUGCCCGUUUUCCACUAAUAUGAUGGUUUUUCAAGGCUUUAUUUGUGUUGUAUUUGUGUGAUACAUUAAAAUUUUGAUGUGUAACAUAAGUUUCAUAAACAUUGUUAUGUAAUUAGAUCCAUAUGGCACGUGGUCAAGUUAUUUUUAGAUCAGUGUGUUGGCUGACUGUUUCGUGUCGCGGUGUUGGGCAAUCGAUUAUAAUAAGCAUUCGUAAUUAAUUGUGACACAGGCGUUUUUCUUGCAAAAUUUUUCUGUUUGCAUUAUUUUGUUUGUUAUUGUUAUUGGAUUCCAUUUGACUUUUGAAAAAUGUCGUGAUGACAGUGAAAUGACAUGACAGGAUUAAUUUGUUGAAGUAUCACAAGAUGGCCGUCAUGAUAGCUCGCGAACGGUUCAACUCGACGUCGUCGACAGACGACAACGAGAGCGGCACGGACGGCGAGGCAGAUCGCUCCCGCCUCGCGAGGCAGAUCAUCCACGGCGUCCACUCCACCCCACCCCCCGGCAUCAUCGCCGUGCGCAAGCGCCGCGGGAACCUGCCCAAGCAUUCUGUGAAGAUCCUCAAGCGAUGGCUCUACGACCACAGAUACAACGCGUACCCAAGUGACGCCGAGAAACUGACGCUCAGCCACGAGGCCAACCUCACUGUGCUGCAAGUAUGCAACUGGUUCAUAAAUGCGCGUCGUCGCAUCCUGCCAGAGAUGAUCCGGCGCGAGGGCCACGACCCGCUGCAUUACACCAUCUCACGGCGCGGCCGCAAGCAGCCCGGCGGCGCCUCGGCCAGCGGCACCGGCGUCGUCGUGUCCUGGGACGGCGUCGAGGGCGAGAUUCAAUUCCAGAGCGAGCAAGACCGUUCCGGCGUGCAAGAGUACAGCGACGGGCUGCUGGUGUACCGCAGCGACGGCGACGGCGACGGCGAGGAGGGGUACUCCUCCAACGACGUCAGCGAGGAGGAAGUCAAGUACGACCCUGCCGUGUGGCAGUCUGUCAUCCGAUACGGGCCCGGGGACCAGGCGCACCCCGCCGCCCGAGGGACUGCGGCCGUGGUGACGGUGCGCACGUCGGAGUCCGAGACGCAGGACUGGAGCGCCGCGGCGCCGCUGGCGCACCCGCUGCGGCGCCGGAUACAGGUGGUACCGAGUGGUAGUUCGGGCGAGGGUGAGCGGGACAAGUUCAAGUGCCUGUACCUGCUGGUGGAGACGGCGGUGGCCGUGCGCCAGCGCGAACACCACGCCGACAUCGCCGACAUCGCCGACGCUGUGUGAUCUACUGGCCAUACCCCCGUGUCUGCAGUGAGGCGAGGUACCAAACACAUUUGGAGGACGGUACCUUCUCAAAAAGCUUCCAUUCUACGCUCGAUUUCGGAGGCACGGUAAUUCCUAUCGCAUACUGUUCCCGCUCAGUCUCGAAAUAUUGGGAUAAUUUCCCUGUUUCGUACCAAAAGUGUGUGAAAUGUUCAAUAUAUCGUAUAAAAAUAACUGAUAUCAUCGUUUCAGUGAACUGAUUUCGAAUAUUAUCGCCUUAAAUUUGUAUCUGAUAAACUUUUAAAUGGACGGAAAGGAUGAUUUCAAACAGUGUGUAGUUUGACUAUAACCAGUUUAAUAAAGCUGUGAACUUAUAAAAUCCAGCGUCAUAACAGGCAAACGGAGAUGUGUAACAAUUUGUCAAUGGUUGCCAAGGCAACAAAAUAUUUGUAUACAUAACCGCUAUGUAGUAACAAGCACGUACAUUGUAUACUAUAUAAGGUAGCUUUGAAUUAACUACAAAUAUCUUAAAGUUAGUGUUGCUAAAUUAUCGAUAGUAUCAUUGGUGUAAACUAAUCGAUAUAGCAAUAAAGGAAUUGGUACUAUGAAAUAUCAUUUUUGUUUUUCAUAGACGUUUCAUACAUGAUAAUGUAUAUUUUUUACAAUUAACCUACCUACUUUAAAAAUAAUUGUAAUUAAUCCUAAAUUACCUUAUAUGGUUGACAUUUUUCGAGGCAAUAUUGGGAGCCUAUGCCUUAGUGUUAGUUGUGUUUUUUUUUAACUAUAUGGUAUAUAGCCAGUUGCAAAAUAAUAUUUGCGAUAUAAAUUAACCUAUUUAUCACUCAAAUUAAUGUAACCACUGUAAGCAAUAUGCGUUUUUAUAAACAAUUCACUGGCUAAGAUCUAUUAGACCACCACUAGUAUUACUGUAUUACAUAAAAUAACUUUAAAUAGUUUACAUAUACCCCAUAAUUAAAGUAUUUAUUAUUUUUAUAGACCAGUGAAUAUAAUAUGGGCUUGCAAUUCACAUGUAAUCGCCGCGACACCAACCACAUCGCAAUGUGAUUGGUUAGCUGUGUCUCUCUGCAUAAAGACUCUAUACUGAAAUGCGAUAAAAUUGCAAAACCACAUGUCGAAUUUCCAACAAAACGUCCUGUAAAUCUGUGAAUAAUUUUGUCCACGCUUCCACUAGGACCCUCGGUCAAGCACAGUAUGUAGUUGACAUAGAUGGAAGAGGAUAACCCAUAUUUAUGAUUAGAUAUAAUGUGUAACCUACUUACUGGAUAGAUAAUAUGCUAAGUAAACUGCAAUGGCCCUUUAUGUUUAACAUAAGUUUGAAAGUUAUUUAACAAUUUAUUUUGUAAUCAAAUACAAACCCUAUAGAGACCGUAGUACGAGAUUUUGUUAGUAAAUUUAUAAUUUUAAUCCAACUACAAGCAAAAACAGCUGUCUUAAAAAUUGACGGCUGUGUUCGCGGCUCCUCCUCCUGUAUCGAUCGGCGAACCAAUGUUUGACUGAAGCAUUUUCGCUUUAUCAGUAUAUAUAACUAUAUAUAGAAAAUAUGUCGAGCCGCGGCUCUGCGUCGGCGGCCGUGGAGCCCGUGGAGCCCGUGCACCGGGGCCUGGCGGUAAACAGUCGCGAAUUGCUUCGAUUCGAUUGAAAACUUGCAAUAACUAGCGCUGCGGUUUCGAAUAACGCAAAAAAAUUGUUUAUGAUUGAGUGUAUUUUAUCGAAAUAUAUCAAAUAGUAUGAGCAAUGCAUUAAUUAUUCUUAUUUAAAAUUGUACUAUUUUUAAAAAGAAAUAUAUUUCAAAUCGAACAUUAGACUAUAGAAAUAAUCAUAGUAUGGUGUCAUCAAAUUGAUGUGUCAGUGGGUAAACAACGUCCUAUACACUUUUAUUUUUAAAUAUGUACAGUCAACAGCACAUCAACCUACCCAAAUUCAUUGCAAACUCGCCGCUAUUACCGCGUCAUAGAGGGUCUUGCAGGGUAACUUGAUGUGCUGUUUACUGUACAAUAUAUGGUUUCGUAACUACUAUAUACUUACCUACAAAUAUUUAUUACACUUCACAUUUAUACAUUUUGGCUAGUGUUUAAAAAUCAAUAUACUUAUCAUUUUAUCGGGCAUUUAAAUCGGUGAACUUAUAAUAAAUUAACAGUGUAAAUACUGUGGUUAUUAAAUUAUUUUCAUAGAAUUAUAAAUAAAUUCUCAUAGAAUCGCAAUCUUUCUAGUAUCCUAAAACAAGAACUAUGUUCAAUUUAUGAUUGAUUGAAAAUAAUCUCUAAAUAACAUUAGUUGUAAUAAUAUAUUUGGAAAUAUGUUAAAAUAAGUUUAAUUUCUAAGAAAAGAGAAGUGGUACAUUUAUAACUCAUUUUUUUUAAUCUACAACAGCCGUGUCAAAAGCGAAAUCUCCAGAUAAAAUAGCUAUUGAAAAGUCGAGGGAGCAAGAUAGUUAUAUUUUUGACAUUGUAUCUAUGACAUGGUUUUGUGUCUAUUAUGAUUAUGGCCUUCUGGUGUGAAGAAGAAGCUUUUCUAUGUUUCUGUUGUGAGUGAUGGCCUGAAUCUAUUGGGAUUACUAAGUUUACAUGCUCGGCCAAACUUGAUUCUGAGUCAACAAGCUACCUAAUUGCAAAUUCACCGCUUUUACUCAAAGACCCAGGCAAGUGACUUUACACGCGUCCGACUGUACAUUGCUUAGGUAGUUUUAAUGUGAGCCAUGACAUUACUUGGACUCUAUUAACGAUAUGUCGUUCUUUAAUGAAUUUCAUUAGGAAAUCUCCGGAUAUUUUACAAUGGAAGAAAUUUCAAAAACUAAGCAGUGUACUUUGGUAACGCUUUGGACUUAGUAUUCGAUUUGUGGUUUUUGAGACUUGAAUUAGUCAAGUAUUGUUCAUUUUGCUUUAUUUCUAAUUUACGCUUAGUAACGUAGCGUUUAGUUAUAGCUUCUGUUACGUGUGACGUCCACAAUGUUGGCCGGAAAUGUCCAUACUUAUGUAUACUUGCCAAUAUUCAAUAAGGGACUGGCAAUUUUGUACUCACGCAAGUAUAAUUUUAUUUACUUUAGCACUCCUAUUUAAAUGUGCGAGUAGCAUAUAGACCAGCUCACAUUGUCAAUCUUAGUAUUAAGUAAUAAUAUAGUGCCUCAAUAAUUUUUCAACGAUAGUUCUUUACCACAGACAUAAGAACUCAAUGUAAUGUUCUUAUGUCUGUGUUCUUUACAAACAAUAAAAUGUAUUUGAAAAACUAAAAGACACGACUACGGAAUUGACAAUCUGUUGUGGGGCUGGACACUUGCAUAUUUAUGUCUUUAUUUAAUAAACGAAUGGCACUAACUUUAGACCGUGUUGAAACAGUGUACCUACUAGCCUGUUGAUUGAAACCUUUCUCACCGAAAAUAGUUAAAAUUAUUUUAUCAGGUACAAUAGUUGAAAUUGGAAAAUUCGUUUAAUGAAUAAUGGGAUUAUUCUUACCCUUUCUGAGCAAUGUUAGAGCAUUUCCUAAGCCGCAAGCUACUAAGCGCUAAAUUACAAAAUACACGCGUAUUAAUGACAGGCACGAUAUGGGAUGUUAUUUUAAAUGUUAUAUUAGUUUUGAAGGCUUUUUAAUUUAAGGUGUCUUUAGUCGCUUCGUUUACGUUUAAUGAACAAGCAAAGUAUAGGUUAUGUUAAUAUAAUCAAGUCAAGCUGUGAACAUAAUAUUGAUGCAGCUUAUAAAUAUUUUUAUUGCGUGCCUCUCAUAUAUAUGCGGGAUUUAGCUUUUAAGUUAUCGUCGUAAGGUGUAUUUUCGUUUAGUUUUCGUCCUAAAGGUGUCCUUUUAUUUUACCUGAGUACAAUAACUUGAUUAGGCGUACGAUGUAUGUCUUAGAUUAGCGUUACACUGUCUGUACAUAUUAUGUAGUCUUGUGUAAGAGCGUAAAUUGUUAGCGAUUUAAAUGAAUAAAAUUGAUUUCACUAGA